AUGAGCAUUCCGUCGAGUGUAAUUGUGCAUCCCGAGGAUGUAUCCUCGCCCUCGCUGGCAGAGGAGCUUAUCUCUCCAGUGACAACAGAUUCAAUGGUAACGGUGCCGCUAUCAGAUCGACAAUCGUUUUUCGAAGGCACAUCUAUCGAGUUCAAUAGUCCUACAACACCGGUCGACGAGAGGGCGGACGAAGCUUCUAUCAUGGAAAAUGCAAGAGAAGUGGAUCUGACACCAAAGAGCGAGCUUGCUGGUAAGGCGGACGAGACAUCAUCUGCACCCAGAGAGAUGAAACGUCAGUCGACUACAUCGAUUGAAGCAGCGCCAAAUACACAAGAAGGAUAUGAAUCGUCAUCCUCUACGGAAAGCGCCGGAGAAGUCGACUGGGAAAAAUUGGAUAAAUCGGAGGAGCAACAACCGCGGACACAAGGGACAGAUGAGUCCACGGCGUUGUUACUGGCCCGUCUAGAGCAAGAGAAUAAUGCUCUUGCCACGAAUCCGAAAUCAGGGCUUGCAAAGAAAGCCCAACGACAAUCCCGCCCACCUUCAAUUCAGCAAUUGAGAAGACUCGUCAAUGACCCACGAGCAUCUCUGCGGUACUCUCAAUUACAGCCGCCACCCAUGACUGAGCUUGAAUUCUGGGCUGCUUUGGUCGCCGAUUACCCUUCGACGGCGCAAAGAUUGCCUACAUUAACAUCGCACAAGAUUCGCGCUGGAGUUCCUCCGCCACUACGUGGAGUAGUCUGGCCUAGUAUUGCUGGAGCUAGGGAUACACUAUUGAUCGAAGAGUUUGGACGGUUAUGUGGUGAAACGAGCCCCUACGAAGGUCUGAUCGGCAAGGAUAUUGGUCGCAGCUUUCCGAAUGUCGAGAUGUUUCGUGAUCCUAAUGGGGAAGGCCAACAGAUGUUGGGUAGAGUUCUGAAAUGCUUCAGUCUGUACGAUACGAAGAUAGGGUACUGCCAAGGACUUGGAUUUGUGGUUGGCCCUCUGUUGAUGCACAUGACGGAUGCAGAGUCUUUUUGCGUCCUGAUUAGGCUCAUGGAACACUACGACUUGCGCUCAUGCUUCUUACCGGACCUUUCAGGUCUACAUUUGCGCAUCUACCAAUUCCAGAACCUCCUCUCGCGCCAUCUACCAGCGUUGUUCGCCCACCUUCAGUCUCUGAACAUCGAGCCGAUCUAUGUCUCGCAAUGGUUCCUUUCAUUCUUCGCAGUCACAUGCCCACUACCGAUGCUGCUUCGUAUAUACGAUGUGCUGCUAUUGGAAGGAGCUUCCGAGACAUUGAUGAGAGUUGCACUGUCACUCAUGCAGCGUAAUGAAAAGAAGAUCAUGGGGUUUACCGAGUUCGAGGAUGUGUUGCAGUUCCUAUUGUCUCGAAGCUUAUGGGAUACCUAUGCGUUCAAUGCUGAUGACCUGGUCAAUGACUUUGUUUCUUUGACGCCUCUUGUCUCUAGAGAAAGUCUCCGAGCCUUAGAGGCAAGCUAUAGCCAAUCUCAGGGUGUGCCAACGGGAAUCUCGUUCCCUCAGAUGCAAGCUACAGCUUCUCGGUUUCUCGGUCGACUGUGGGCUGGCUCACACAAAUCACUGAAUCUCCCAUCUGGACGGCCCGAAAGUACAAUUAGACGCUCGCCGUCCAAGCAGAGUAUGGCAUCCACAUUGAACUCGAUGGAGACGUCCGUUUCCGACGCCAGCACUGCUCCUACAGAAGUUUCUAUAGGCGGAGAUCAGAAAGUGCGUGCAAAGUCGGCGAUAUCACAUAGAGAUCGAGACUUGCAUAGCCAAAUUGAAGACCUUCUUACAGCUUUGAGCGACAUGCAGCGUGAACAAGCAGAUCUGGUUAGAGAUUUGCAGCGAGAACGAGAAGAACGAGAGGAAGACCGAGAGAUCUCGAGAGCGUUGUUAAACCAUCUCAAGCAAUCAGAGACGACGGAGGAUGCCGAAGAGCUUGUUAGCAAAGCUGAGGAGCGGUUCUCGACAGCUAGCAAACGAGACUCGAUCUUACAGACGAAACAUCAGCUCAGAGACGAGGUGGGCAGAUGGAAAGAAAAGCAUGAGAUGGAAGUGGCUCGAUGCAUUGAUCUUAGUAGACAACUUGACGAGCACGAACACGAAAAUUCUCGUUUGAAAGAGGAAUUGCGGGAAGCCCGAUCACGCAUUCAGGAUGGAUACCGGGAGAAACAAAGAUUGGAACGAGUAGUUCAAGAUCUUCGUUCACGCAAAAGCACAUCUGGCGACCACAGUAGCCAAGACAGCUCGGGCACGACUAGUGAAAAUGAAUCAUGGCCUACUCCAUCUAGUGGUCUACGUGAAUUCAAACUAGGGCGGACCAAUUCAAAAACAGAAACGACAAGAUUCCCCAAACGGUCUAGCAGCUUGGGCGUACAAAGUCUGGUCGGAUCAACGAUAGAACCCGAUAAUAGGGCGUCUACUACGUCCGGAUCAGAGGACUCGCUAUUACUAGAGCUUGUCACUGCCAAGACGGCAGAAGCAGUAGCCAAGCAAGAAUUAGAAGAGGUGAAAGCCAAGCUGGACUCUCUUCGGAGGUUGAUGAAUGGACACUCUCGAGUCAAGACGUCGACUGGGGAGCUGAAUUUUUCAGCAACAGCUACCAAAUUAAUGCCCGAAACAGUCAAGGCGGCCCCAACCGGGGGUGGAUUUUUUGGCUGGGGGAGAAGAAGUGCGUCAACAGCCGGUGUAACGGAGAAGUGA